GAGCUUCACACAAUUCCCAACAUCCUAUUGGUUCUGAUCCCUCACCUCACUUCUUCCUGGGAUGACCGAGGUUUAACAAUCUCCACAACACCAUGUCAUCUACGCCUUUUAUGUCUCCAUAUGUCGACUUACUGCUGCGAUAUUAGAAAUUGAGGGUUGUUAAAAAUACAUAUAUAAAUCAAGACUUCCAUUUCAAAUUCCAGCACAGCUUCUCUUAGUCUUCUCCUCUAGAUAACACUCUCCCAACCAUUCAAAGUAUACCACCUCAAACAUGGUCAAGAUUGAGCCUUUCGCCGUAGAACAAUGGAUGGACAAGUAUGAGGUCACACCUGGCGUCCUCAAUAUUGCCGAAACAUGUGCAGCUUCCAUCUCCAUUGAUGAUCUCGUAAAGUUAUCCGAAGAUCCAAAUCUGCCGCAUCCAAUAUCAACCUCGACCAAACUCACAUAUGGACAUAUCCGUGGAUCGCCCGCUCUUCGAGAACGUCUAGCGUCUCUUUACUCUGCUAGAACUGCGUCGGCUCUAUCACCAGAGGAUAUACUUCUCACGCGCGGUGCAAUCGAGGCGAAUUUCCUCACACUAUACACCUUGAUUGGCCCUGGAGAUCAUGUCGUUUGUGUACAUCCAACUUAUCAACAACUAUACUCCGUUCCACAAAGUCUCGGCGCGGAAGUCUCGCUAUGGAAAUUACACAAAGGAAAGAAAUUCAUUCCUGAUUUAGAGGAGCUGAAGCAAUUAGUCAAGGAUAAUACCAAAAUGAUUAUUAUCAACAAUCCAAACAACCCUACCGGCGCUACGAUUCCCAAGUCCGUUUUACAAGGCUUGACGGAGUUUGCGAAGGAAAAGGGUAUCAUUAUUCUAAGCGAUGAAGUAUAUCGACCAUUGUUUCACGGAAUAUCAGUAGCUGAUGCAGAAUUUCCUCCAUCAAUGGUAUCCAUGCCUUAUGAGAAAAUCAUAGUUACUGGCUCCAUGUCCAAAGCUUACUCUCUGGCUGGUAUCCGCAUCGGUUGGAUCGCAUGCAAGGACAAAGCUAUCAUCGAAGCUCUCGCGGAAGCUCGAGACUACACUACUAUUUCUGUCUCGCAGCUGGACGAUCGAGUUGCCUCUUAUGCCAUGAAUCAAUCCGUCAUCCAUGCACUCCUUGGUAGGAAUAUCAAACUUGCCAAAACAAACGUGGCACUUUUAGAUGCUUUUGUCAAUGAGCAUAGCGAGAAUCUGUCAUGGGUCAAGCCAAAUGGUGGCACUACAGCCUUUAUCAAAGUGGAAAGUAAAAGGGAGCCGGUGGAUGAUGUUAAAUUCUGUGUGGAUGUUAUCGAGAAGACGAAAGUCAUGUUCUUGCCAGGUUCUAAAUGUUUUGGCGAGGAAUUUAAAGGCUAUGUGAGAAUUGGAUUUGUGUGCGAGACGGAGGUCUUGAAAGAAGGUCUGCAGAAGUUGGGAGGAUACAUUAGGGAACACUUAAAAUGAUGAAUAACGACUAUAUAUCAUGAUGAUUCA